AAGCCGAGAGAAGGCGCCUCCGAGCCCGCGCACGCCCAGCUCCUCAGGGCUCUCCCCUGACUGCGGGGGCAGCCCCGGCCCCAGGCUCCCAUGGAAGCGGGGGCGGAGGCUGCGCGGCCCCCCGGCGAGAAGCGCUGGAGGCCUGAGCCCCCCCUGAGAGCCCUGGUUCUGCCCACGAAGGCCAUGGAGAAGAGGUUGGAAGCCAAGUUCAGCAUUAGCUUCUGGAUUUUAUCAAGACAUUGCCUGGGAAGUUUUCACUUGUUCUACGUGUGUGCCUGCCUCUGUGCCCUCUCUUCAUCUGCAGAUGCAAACUGGAAUCGAGCCGUGUGCCAGCCAGAGAAGAUACUGCUUGGUGGCCAUUUGAGAUCAUGGGGAGAUCGCCAGCUACAGCUUGUGGAGGGAUUUCACUCUGCCCAGUCAUGUCAGGCUGCUUGCUGCCAGAGCUCCAGCUGUGAUGCCUUUUGGCUGUUGGAAAAGAUGUGUAUCCAGGUGAACUGCAUGAUUCCCCACCAGUGUCAGGCAAGCAGGACUGACUCCUCAGAUUCCAUUUUGGUGUUUCUAAAGAAAUCGAAAACUACAGAGCACUCCUUAAGCUCUCAACAUGAAGGCGAGGUGGAGACUCUGCUUCACAAGUUGUUGGAUUGGUGCACGCCAGUCCAAGCCAAAAAGAGACCGCGAAGGUCCUUCCGGGAGCUGUUGACACAAAAACAGAACUUGGCAAAUGACAAGAGGGGCUUGCUGAAAAGGGAUACAACAGAUCUCUCCACCAGGGGGAAUGCUGAAAAUCUGCCAGCCAGUACCUUGGACAGCGCAUCUAAGAACGACUUGAGUAAUAUUGAUCUAAAGGAUAACCCAGAACCUGGGCCUUCAUUGAGGGAGGUGUAUGUUCCCAGUGACCAUGCAACUCAAGAGAAAACUUCAGUGCAAAAUGGAACGGACUCAAGAGAACAGAAAAACGAAAGCCCUGCCUCUCCUGAGGGCUACAGUGUAAGUGGACUGAGUGAUCCAGCUGGUAGCAGCUCUCUAGGGGCUCAUGCAGGAAUAUCCACAUCAGAACUCCCAGUGCUGGCUACGUUCUCCAGCCCCAUAGCACAGGGUUUGACUGCCACUGCCAAAGCUGAGAAACUCAAGCAGUCAAACAACACUUCCGUCCAGCCUCUUUCCUUAGAGGAGAUUCUCCCUACAAUCAGUGCUCUGCAGGGGAAAAACACGAUGAAGAUGCAGACCGUUAUCGCUAUGCCCACUGGUGUUCCCACCAAUGACAGCGGUACCACAGUCCAGACUAUCCCUGCCACAUCAUCAAGCACCCCUACACCAGUGCCAGUUACGAAGGAGCUGGUAGUUUCCGCAGGAAACAAUGUCCAAGUGACCCUGCCAAAAAAUGAAGUUCAGUUAAAUGCAUUUGUCCUUCCUGAACCACCAACAGGAACCAGCUACACUUAUGACUGGCGGCUGAUUACUCACCCAAAAGACUCCAGUGGAGAGAUGGAAGGCAAACACUCCCAGAUCCUCAAGUUAUCUAAGCUCACCGUUGGUCUGUAUGAAUUCAAAGUGAUAGUUGAUGGGGGAAAAGCACAUGGGGAAGGUUACGUGAAUGUGACAGUUAACCCAAAGCCUCGUGUGAAUCAGCCUCCUGUGGCUAUUGUGUCACCACAAUCCCAAGAGAUUUCACUGCCAACCACUUCUACUGUCAUCGAUGGCAGCCAAAGCACUGAUGAUUAUAAAAUUGUCAGUUUCCAUUGGGAAGAAUUGAAGGGGCCACUACGGGAGGAGAAGGUAUCGACUGACACUGCCAUAUUGAAACUGACCAACUUAGUACCUGGGAAUUACACGUUCAGCCUAACAGUUGUGGAUUCAGAUGGUGCCAGCAACUCUACCACUGCCAGCUUGACUGUGAAUAAAGAAGUGGAUUAUCCUCCAGUGGCAAAUGCAGGCCCAAACCAAGUGAUCACGCUUCCCCAAAACUCUAUCACCUUGUACGGGAACCAGAGCACUGAUGAUCAUAGCAUUGUCAGCUACGAAUGGUUACUCAGCCCCAGUAGCAAAGGAAAGGUGAUGGAGAUGCAGGGUGUGAGGACACCAAUAUUACAGCUCUCUGCAAUGCAAGAAGGUGAUUACACCUAUCAGCUAACAGUGACUGAUUCUGCAGGCCAGCAGUCCACCGCUGAGGUCACGGUGAUAGUGCAGCCUGAGAAUAAUAAGCCCCCCAAAGCAGAUGCUGGCCCAGAUAAAGAACUCACCCUUCCUGUGGACAGCACCACUCUAGAUGGCAGCAAGAGCUCAGACGACCAGAAAAUAGUCUCCUUCCUGUGGGAGAAAACACGGGGCCUGGAUGGUGUAAAACUGGAGAAUGCCAACAGCAGCAUUGCUACUGUAACUGGGCUUGAGGUUGGAACGUAUGAAUUCACACUGACUGUCAAAGAUGAAAGGAGCUUGCAAAGCCAGAGUUCAGUUAAUGUCAUUGUCAAAGAAGAGAUGAACAAGCCACCAGUGGCAAAGAUUGCUGGGAAUGUUGUCGUCACCCUGCCUACAAACACAGCAGCCUUGGAUGGGUCCAAAUCCUGGGAUGAUAAGGGAAUUGUCAGCUACCUGUGGACCCGGGACGAGGGGAGUCCUGCGGCUGGGGAGGUGUUAAAUAAUUCAGACCACCACCCUGUACUUUUCCUCUCCAACCUGGUGGAGGGGACAUACACUUUCCAUCUGAAAGUGACAGAUGCCAAAGGAGAGAGUGAUACAGAUAGGACCACUGUGGAAGUCAAAGCUGAUCCAAGGAAAAACAAUCUUGUGGAGAUGAUACUGGAUGUUAAUGUCAGCCAGCUGACGGAAAGGCAGAAGGGUAUGUUAAUCCGUCAGAUAGGCGUUCUGCUGGGCGUCCUGGACUCGGACAUUACUGUACAAAAGAUCCAGCCGUACACAGAGCAGAGCACAAAGAUGGUGUUCUUUGUGCAGAACCAACCACCCCAUCAGAUCUUCAAAGGGCAUGAUGUAGCAUGGACGCUCAAAAGUGAACUCCGGAAACAGCAGUCGGACUUCCUCAUCUUCCGAGCAUUAGAAAUUAAUACAGUCACAUGCCAGCUGAAUUGCUCCGAGCAUGGGCACUGCGACUCCUUCACCAAGCGCUGCAUCUGUGACCCAUUCUGGAUGGAGAACUUCAUCAAAGUGCAGAUGGGGGAGGGCGAGAGUAACUGUGAAUGGAGUGUGCUGUAUGUGAUCAUUGCGUCUUUUGUCAUUGUCGUUGCCUUUGGAAUCUUAUCCUGGACUGUGGUCUGCUGUUGCAAGAGGCGAAAAGGAAAACCCAAAAGGAAAAGCAAAUACAAGAUUUUGGAUGCCACAGAUCAGGAGAGUCUGGAGUUAAAACCAAACCUCAAAGCAGGCCAGAGGAGAAGCAGUGAUGCUAGAGAAGGCAGCAGACAGAAAGCUCAGGUGCUUAACACCAGCCUGAUGCAUUCCGAAUCUGAACUGGACAGCGACGAAGCCAUCUUCACGUGGCCAGACCGAGAGAAAGGGAGACUACUCCGGAGUCAGAAUGGCUCCCUGCGCAAUGGGCAGGUGCUGCCCAAACCGAAGAACCAGAGGGAAGAGAUCUUGUAGGACAAAGUUGCUAACUUAUUUCAUGGAAACUACCUUUGUUUUUGUGGGUUUCUUUUCGUUCGACUAGAACGGGUUGUACUUGAAUCCUGACUUCAAGGGAAAUCAAAGGGAGGAAAAGGACCUGUGAAAUACAGACUACCUGGCAUCUGGAAUGCCACAGGAUAGAACCACUUACCACAGCUGUGAAAGCACAGACCCACCCACCUCCUACUGCAAUGGAGGCAAAAUUCCCAUGGACUUUCAGCCUACUGGAGGAUUCUUCUCUCUGAAGGGGGGUCAGGGUCGGGCUUGUGAGAGCCGUCCUUUGGGCUCCCAUCAGACCACCGCAGCCUCCAACAGUGAUGGCACACUGACUGACUGACCUUUUUAAAAAAGAAAAACAAACCUAGCUCACAUACUACUUCAGCUGCAGGAAAAGCUUUUCCCACCCCGCUUCACUGAUUAAGCACCAUUUUCUAAAAAAUUAACUUUGUCCUUUCACACCAGCUAACCGCGUGGGGUGGGGGACAUUCAAAAUACUGUGCUCACCCAGAAUGGGCUGCAUCAGUUCACAGCUAUGAAGGGGUUGUAAUUGUUUUAAAUUGUUAGUCUUAUCACUGGGAAUAGAGAUGAAAUGGCACCUAAUCAGAUGCCAAAAACUAGCUGGAGUGAACAGCCCAGCUCCAGAGUCUGUGCUAGCCAGCUGAACGGGGCGCCCCCAUCCCUGCACCUAGCCCUUCCGGGUUUGUACCAGACCCAGGGGAUCGUUUGCCAAUUCAAAGGAGAGUGCCUGCCUUUCUGGUAUCUGUGACUAAUAGCUUAAUUCCAAAGCCCUGAGAAGCUUGUUCAGCUCCACGGCACACUGUGUCGAUUCUGAAACACUUCAGUGUGUGCUCAGUGACGCUGUAGAAUAUCAGUACUGCCCUCCCUACUGUACGAUGCCAUGAUCCUGUCCUUUCUUCAAACACUUACACACAUCAAAGAGAAACAUGGGUGGAUACCUUCACUCCCCGAUGGCUGGACGUCCCCCUCCAGCUGGCACUUCAGUAGCCUUUUGUUGUGCUGUCAUUGAGUAGCCCUGUGUAUGCUCCUAGCAUUGAAUUGUUUUGACUGACUGGCUGACAUGCACACUUCAGAUUUAUUAACUGACUGAAACAGGGACCAUUCAGAUCCUCUUUGCCCAAAUACCUGCAGGUGGCUCCCAGAGGCACAUCCCCAUAGGAAGUGUGUCCUCGCUGGGCAGCGUGGUUCUGAACUACAUGCCCCUUUCAGUCGAUGACAACGUGGAGUCGACUGAGUGUGUGUGACACUCCCUCCCCAUUGCCAUGUCUCUCUCAGCAUGCUGCUUUCUUGAGCCAAACCUCCAUCCUUGGCGAGUGUUUGCCCUUUUCAUUGGGGUGUCAGAUGCCUCUGCCCCUCUAGGGUGAGUACUUAGUUUCUGGCCUUCCUUUGUGUUUAAUUAAACUGGUAACUUGUUUCAUUGGCUUCCUUUUUUGGAUACUGAAAGACAAAAGGCUUUAAACGCCUAAGUUGUAUUUAUACUGCUGCACUACUGAUUUGUGUUGAACCAGAUGAAGAUGAAAGACACUGUUUAAUUUGAGGGAGUGUUCCCCACUGAAUGUAGUCAUGGCUGCUGCUAAUUUAAUGUUUCCGUGCAAUGAGAUGUCUUCCUUAGGCACAAGUGUUGGAUUCUGUGUUUUGUUUCGACUUGGCUAAUAAGACAUGAGGAUUUUCCCAAUUGACUUAGGCCAGCUGUAGUUCUUGACCUCAUGUGAUAGUGCCUGUUCCUCUCUCCAGACUCCUGUGGUGGGCUCAGCCUGGCUGAUCUCCCCCUAGGUGAUGGGACCCCCAACACGUUGCCAUAGUCCCACAUGCACUCCUGCCUCCCCCCAUGCAGGGCGAAGGUAACACCAGACUUCUCCAUUUAAAGGGACACAGUCAAGUUAAAAAUCACACUUCGGUCUGAAAUUUACUGUUGUGAGUAGCACUGAAACCUAUGAGCAGGGUGUCAUCCAUGAAACUCUUUUAAACUGAUGGUGGGUAUCCCUUUAAUCCUCUCCUCCCUUAGGCACAUACUUUAAGCUGGUCACUCCCCUUCCGUCCUGGGGAGGUUCUCCCUGCAAGGAAUUCUCAGCCUGUUUGCAGCAGUGAGGCUUUUAGGGAUUCUUUUCCUGCAGAGAUCAGUACCUCUCACAGGAGAUGCACGGUGUGCCUUUACACUGGCACUCUGCCUUCCUGUUACGGAAGCGGGAAGCAUUAAAACCUGUCCAGCUAUUACUCGACAGCACCUUUGUUUAGCUGAGGGGUUAUUUUUUUCCUUCCUCCCGUUUCACUGUGGGAACUGACCACUUACACCGAAGUGCUUUAGUUGACUGACUGCACUGCUGUGGAUAGAAUAGUUGUUUCCUGCCUGGCAUGGGGACGACUUGCAUUUUGUAGAAGACGAUAGGCCUUCUACAGACUCCUUGCUAACCAGUUUUGGUAGGAGAGCUUCCUGUCCUUAGUCAUUUGUCAUCUCAAAAUGCAGGCUUAUGACCGCAGAUCACAAGUCCCGAAAGUUAGAUUUCCUGCUUGCCAUUAGUAUUGUUAUUGUGCAACAUUCCCCCUCUGCAUGAAACACCCCGUCAGCUACCUCCCAAAAAACACCUUGUUCUGCACUUCAGAUAUUAACCCUUUGUUCCUCUAAAUUAUUUUACCCUAACAGAGGUUAUAAAGAAGUAUGUCCAGUAUAUACACCUACCCUCACUGUGCACUGAUAAGUGUGAGAAGCUUUUCAUAAAUGAACUUGGAAUCUAGGAGACUCUAAUGUCAAUCAAGGGACAAGAGGUCAGUGAAAAACCCUGACAAGCAGAAGGUGAAAGCAUUAGUUGCCUUGGUGUGAAAAUCUCCAUUAGGGUGGAAGAGGGUGUGGGCAGAUUGUCUGCUUGGAAAAAGACAACAGCCCAUGUUAGAAACGAUCCUCCUCUGAUGUAGGAGUGUGUACAAAGAAAGCAUUAGUUUAAAAUCCUGUAACUCCCUUUCCUCCUUCCCCCAGGGUAUUAUUAAUAUCAUUGCUCAUUUCUUACCUAAGUACCCCGAUCCUGGUUUGACCUUGCAAUAAGAAGUUUUCUGCAUGGCUGUGCAUUAUGAUUUCACAGUUAGAGACUCUAUGGCUACAAGUUACCCAUGUGUGGAAGUUAAAAGCUGAGACAUCUGUUAGAUGAACCAUCAGCCGAAUUUGAUUUUGUUUUCCUCACUCUUCAGUGUAAAUGUACUUCAGACACACACUUGUGUUUAGUAAAGAUGUUUGAGUCAGAGGCCAGAAUCUCUUGCAAUGUUGAGAUCCAGUUUUAAAUAGUUUUUGUUAAUUUUUCCUUGUUCUGUACACUGGGGUGGCCCAAUCUGUCUGACCUUUAAUUUCAUGAUGUUUGUUUGAUUGCAGUGUUACUUGGAUCAAGACUGGAAAAUGAUUUUUUAAAAAAAACACAUUUCUUGCAAAUAAAAGGGGAAGUUGUUUUGCUGCUGCUUAUCUUA